AUGACGAGGAGACCCACGAGAUCAGGAGCAGAGUGUCAAUCGAGACCCACAGGGAAGAGAACCUACUGCUGCUCUGACUGUGGGAAGAGAUUCACAUCAUCAGGCAUUAAAAUUCAUCAGAGAACACACACAGGAGAGAAACGUUAUAGCUGUGAUCAAUGUGGGAAGAGUUUUACUUCAUCUGGCAAUCUGACUCAACACCAAAGAACACACACAGGAGAGAAAUCUCAUAGCUGUGAUCAAUGUGGGAAGAGUUUUAGUCGAUCUGGAGAUCUGACAGUGCACAAGAGAAUACACACAGGAGAGAAACCUUAUAGCUGUGGUCAAUGUGGGAGGAGUUUUAGUCGAUCUGGAGAUCUGACAGUGCACAAGAGAAUACACACAGGAGAGAAACCUUAUAGCUGUGAUCAAUGUGGGAAGAGAUUAGCUACAUCUGGCCACCUGACUCUACACCAGAGAACACACACAGGAGAGAAUCCGUAUAGCUGUGAUCAAUGUGGGAAGAGAUUUGCUACAUCUGGCCACCUGACUCUACACCAGAGAACACACACAGGAGAGAAACCUUAUAGCUGUGGUCAAUGUGGGAGGAGUUUUAGUCGAUCUGGAGAUCUGACAGUGCACAAGAGAAUACACACAGGAGAGAAACCUUAUAGCUGUGAUCAAUGUGGGAAGAGAUUUACUCAGUCACACAGCCUGAUACACCACCAGAGAAUACACACAGGAGAGAAGCCUUAUAGCUGUGAUCAAUGUGGGAAGAGAUUUGCUACAUCUGGCCACCUGACUCUACACCAGAGAACACACACAGGAGAGAAUCCGUAUAGCUGUGAUCAUUGUGGGAAGAGAUUUGCUACAUCUGGCCACCUGACUCUACACCAGAGAACACACACAGGAGAGAAACCUUAUAGCUGUGGUCAAUGUGGGAGGAGUUUCAGUCGAUCUGGCGAUCUGACAGUGCACAAGAGAAUACACACAGGAGAGAAACCUUAUAGCUGUGAUCAAUGUGGGAAGGGAUUUGCUACAUCUGGCAACCUGACUCUACACCAGAGGACACACACAGGAGAGAAACCUUAUAGCUGUGGUCAAUGUGGGAGGAGUUUUAGUCGAUCUGGCGAUCUGACAGUGCACAAGAGAAUACACACAGGAGAGAAACCUUUUAGCUGUGAUCAAUGUGGGAAGAGAUUUGCUACACCUGGCCACCUGACUCUACACCAGAGAACACACACAGGAGAGAAACCUUAUAGCUGUGAUCAAUGUGGGAAGAGUUUUAGUCGAUCUGGAGAUCUGACAGUGCACAAGAGAAUACACACAGGAGAGAAACCUUAUAGCUGUGAUCAGUGUGGGAAGAGAUUUACUCAGUCACACAGCCUGAUACACCACCAGAGAAUACACACAGGAGAGAAACCUUAUAGCUGUGAUCAAUGUGGGAAGAGUUUUAGUCGAUCUGGAGAUCUGACAGUGCACAAGAGAAUACACACAGGAGAGAAACCUUAUAGCUGUGGUCAAUGUGGGAAGAGUUUUGUUCAAGCUUGCCAUCUGACUGAACACCAGAGAACACACAGGAUUGAAAUCUCAUAGCUUUGACCAGAGAUAAUCUGAUAAAAGAUCUGAUCAAAUAUUAGAAAAUACAUACAUGAAGUAGUUGUUUCAUGAUUUCAAUGAAUUAAUGUCACAAUGUAGAAUUUUUAACAUUGUAGUAGGAGUAUUGUAAUGAUUUCACAAUGUAGAAGCCUAAACGUGUGCCCACUUAUGAAUUGAUAUCAACAUGUUAUGGAUAUUAGCCUCAUGGGGAAAAAUCCAGGCUCUGAAUUGGAAGAGUACUAUUUAUGUGAUUUAACAAAAAUUGACAAACAAAAAAAAAGAGUUUGGAUCAAAUCACAUUUAUUUAUAAAGCCCCUCUUAUAUCAGCUGAUAUCU